AUGACGCUACAGGUCCCGUCCGGUGUUUUCCGGCUGGCGCUGCUCAUAACGGUGCACGUCUGGUACUCGGUGGAGUGUUUAUCAGGAGACGGGAAGACGUUAUGGUCCGAGCCGCUGAACCGGACCGAGUUUUUAUCCGGGACGUUCCCUGAGGGGUUCCUUUGGGGCGUCGGAACGGCAGCCUUCCCGACUGAAGGGUCCUGGGAUCGGGAUGGUAAAGGGGCGUCUGUUUGGGACCACUUUACCCACAAUUCUCUCUCAAGGACGACCAACUUGAGCAACAGAACAGCAGACGCCUCCAGUGACAGUUAUGCUCUCUGGGAGAAGGACGUGGAGGCGGUGAAAUACCUCGGAGUCAACUUUUACUCCUUCUCCAUCUCCUGGCCGAGGAUCUUCCCAGAUGGGAACGCCACCGGAUCACCGAACCGCGCCGCGGUGGAACACUACCGCCGCCUGAUCGCUCGGUUGAAGUCCCUUGACCUGGAGCCGGUAGUGACCCUGUUCCACUGGGAUUUGCCCCAGGUGCUGCAGGAUAACCUGGGUGGCUGGAGGAACCCGGAUUUGGUGCAGAUCUUCUCGGACUACGCGGCGUUUUGCUUCCGGACGUUCGGCCGAGACGUCCGUUACUGGAUCACCAUGCACAACCCGCUGAUCGUGGCCUUUCAGGGCUACAGGACGGGGCUCCAUGCUCCCGGGGUGACCGGUGACCCUGCUGAUCCCUUCAUCGUGGCACACAACCUCAUCAGGGCUCACGCUGAAUCCUGGCACCUUUACGACCGGACCUUCCGCCCCCGCCAGCGCGGCCGCGUCUCCAUCACGCUCGCCUCCCACUGGGUGGAACCGUUUAAGGGCCAGGCCACGCCCGCCAGUCUGGAGCUGUGCCAGAGGUCGGUGGAGGCCGUACUGGGUUGGUUCGCUCAGCCCAUCCACGGAGGAGGAGACUACCCCGCCUCUCUACGCUCCUCCCACCCGGGACUCCUCCCCCACUUCACCCCAGAGGAGAAGCUCCGGGUCAGGGGAACCGCCGACUUCUUCUCGCUGGCGUUCGGACCCGAGACGGUCCGCGCCGGGCGGAUGCUGGCCCGUUACGGCCAGGCGGGGGCGCUGGACCUGAGGAAGGUUCUGUGCUGGGUUCAGAGGGAGUACCAGGACCCACCGGUGCUGGUGGCUGAGAGUGGGUGGUUCUCUGAUGCGUCUGUGGGGGUGGACGACACUGUGGCCAUGUACCUCAUGAAGAGCUUCAUCAACCAGGUGCUGCAAGCCGUGGUGCUGGACCGUGUGCAGGUGUUGGGUUACACAGCCUGGUCUCUGGUGGACGGGUUCGAGUGGAACAGUGGGUUCAGUAUCAGGAGGGGACUGUUCCACAUCGACUUCAACCAAUCAGAACGCAGCAGAGUUCCAAAAUCCUCGGCUCAGUAUUACAGACGCGUGGUCCAGCAGCACGGAUUCCCAGCAGGACCAGCAGUACCAGUCCGAACUCCGUUUUCAUGUACGUUCCAGUUCGGCGUGGCUGAUUUCAUCCUACCGGUGAACCUACAGCCGUUUUCUCCUCAGUUCACUGAUCCUCUGCUGUACCGCUGGAACCUGAGCGGCGACGGGUCCCUCCACCCCGUCCCGGGGGUAAGAUUCCGCCCUCGUGCCCCCCAGUGCACCGACUUCCUUUAUAUCAAGCGCCACGUCCGGCUCCUGGAGGCGACGGGCGCUUCGCAUUACAGAUUCGCCCUGGACUGGCCUGGACUCUUUCCGAACGGUGACCAUGGACGCGUGGACGCCGAGGCGGUCCGAUAUUACCGCUGCGUGCUGGCCGAGCUCCAGAAGGCGGGCGUCCGGACGGCUGUUUCUCUGUACCACCCCAGCCUGAGGUCGGGCACGCUGGGAAUGCCCGGUCAGCUCCACGCUCACGGCGGCUGGACGAACUCCAGCACGGUUGAUGCGUUUGUCCAGUACGCCACUUUCUGUUUUGAGAAAUUCGGCUCGCUGGUGAGUUUGUGGAUCACUGUAAACGAACCGAACCGGCUGGUCGAGGCGUACACUGUGAGCGAGGAGGAAAGGGCGGCGGUGUUUCGCAAUAUUCUACUAGCACACGGGCGCGCGUGGAACGUUUAUCACGAGCGCUUCCGUCCACAGCAGGGGGCGACGGUGAGUUUCGCGCUGCAUGCUGAUUGGGUGGAACCGGCCAAUCCCUUCGUGGAAUCGCACUCCAGCGCCGCUCAGCGCUUCCUGAAGUUUGAGCUGGGGCGUUUCCUGGAUCCGUUCCUAAAAGUCGUUGAAGGUGUCGGUUCGGAGGCCGUAAACGUGACGCUGUUCUCUGACGAGGAGGCGACUGAGCUCAGGGGGGCGCUGGAUUUCAUCGCACUAAAUCACUUCACGACGCGCCUGAUUCACCAGGAUUCGGUUCAGGACCGCGGUUGGUCGUUCAUGUCCGAUCCGACGUGGACGUCCUCCGGUAGGGGUCAGGCUCUCGUCCCCUGGGGGCUCCGGCGUGUCCUGAACUGGGUGAAGGAUCGUUAUGGAAAUAGUCGCCACAUCAUCGUGAGCGCAGCAGGAAUUGAUGACCAGGCGUCACAUGACGACGGGCUGAGGCAGAGGUACAUAAGGAGCUACCUGCAGGAGGCGCUGAAGGCUCGUAACCUGGACGGCGUGGACCUGCGUGGCUUUUACGUCUGGAAGCUGCAGGACUCUCGCUCUCCAGAUUUCGGCCUCUUCUUCUCCCCUCACCAUCACUCUCGACCCAAAGCCUCCGUCUCCGUGUACCGUGAGCUCGUCCUGCGCCUCGCUGAUGCAGCUCAGGGCCGCUACGCACAGCAGCUGCUGAACGAUCUGAUAGAGAACUAUUCCAACGCUCUGAGGCCGGUGGAGGACACGGACAAAACCCUGAACGUCACCCUGCAGGUUACACUGUCUCAGAUUAAAGACAUGGAUGAGAGGAACCAGGUGUUGAUAGCGUACCUGUGGAUAAGACAGACGUGGUACGAUGCUUACCUGAAGUGGGAUAAAGACAAAUACGACGGACUCGAGGUCAUUCGCAUCCCCAGCAGCCUGGUGUGGAGGCCGGAUGUGGUGCUAUACAACAAAGCCGAUGACGAUCUGCCCAGUCCGCUGGACACGAACGUGGUGUUACGUUACACGGGUGAGAUCACCUGGGACGCUCCGGCCAUCACCAAGAGCUCGUGUGUGGUGGACGUGUCCUAUUUUCCCUUCGACAGACAGCAGUGUAACCUCACCUUCGGCUCCUGGACGUAUAACGGCAACCAGGUGGACAUCACGAUGGCGAUGGCAAGCGGUGACCUCUCGGACCUGGUGGAGAACGUGGAGUGGGAGUGUGACGGCAUGCCGGCCACCAGGAACGUGAUCAUGUACGGCUGCUGCUCGGACCCGUACCCCGACAUCACCUACACCCUGCUGCUGCGCCGCCGCUCCUCCUUCUACAUCUUCAACCUGCUGCUGCCCUGCUUCCUCAUCUCCUUCCUGGCGCCGCUCGGCUUCUUCCUGCCCGCCGACUCCGGGGAGAAGGUCUCGCUGGGGGUCACCGUGCUGCUGGCGCUGACCGUCUUCCAGCUGGUGGUGGCUGAGAGCAUGCCGCCCUCCGAGAGCGUGCCGCUCAUCGGUAAAUACUACAUUGCGACGAUGACGAUGAUCACAGCCUCCACGUCUCUCACCAUCUUUAUCAUGAACAUCCACUUCUGCGGCCCCGAGGCCAAACCAGUCCCUCACUGGGCCAAAGUCCUGAUCAUCGGCUACAUGAGCAGAAUGUUUUUUGUGUACGAGGUGGGAGAGAGCUGCACCUCAUCACUCGGUCAGAGCGACGACUCGGUCCAGCAUCACAAACCAAACCUUCGACACAAACCGACCAAUCAGAACCCAGAGCCGAGAGAGAAACCGGUGAAACCUGCAGAUCUGUGCUGUCCUGAAGAUGAAAAGCUGCCCGCUUUAACCGUGGCCUUUGACCCCUGUAUCUUCUGCGGUCCUCACUGCGAGGUUUUCGGGGGCGACCUGAGACUGGUUGGGAACGUUGAGUACAUUGCAGGUUACUUCAGAGAGCAGAAGUUAACCUGCCUGAAGGUCGCCGAGUGGAAGAAGGUCGCCAAGGUGAUGGACCGGUUCUUCAUGUGGAUCUUCUUCAUCAUGGUCUUUGUCAUGAGCAUCCUCAUCGUCGGCAAGUCGUCGUGACCGCCGUGUUUCAGCUACGUUUAGAGGAGUAGCUUCAUGGAGGAAAGGGCUGAAGGUUUGAGAUAUAUCUGGAUUUUAUGCAUCUCGUGGAGGUUCACAUGUUUCAGUAGAUGCUCACAAAGCCUCGUGUGAAUGGCGCAGACGUUCUGCGGUUCUGUUCCUCUCGCGGUUCAGUGAUCAUCACCUGUUCAUCACCAGCGGCCUGUGAGAGGUAAAGUGAUACGUGCAUGAAUUAUGCAGCCUGAAGCUCAUCUGAACUUUACAGCAGCUAAACACACACACACACACACAGACACACACACCACAGCCUGGACUGAAGCUCAGAUAAGCACACACUUUCUCACACACACUCUCAUCACGGUCGUGUAGUUGCUCAUGAUUGUAAACUGCUUUAAAUAAAAGUUUCUGCUGAGUUAUAUAAAUGUAAAACUCUGUUCUGCUUUAA